CACGUGACCCAACAACGGUGAUGGCCGCUAGCAGCAAAUGCAUGGAGACUUAUAAAACAAUUGUUUGUUUUUCUGCUUCAGAAAUAAGUGGACUACACUAACAAUGACGGGCUGGGCACGUGUGUCCGAUAGGGAGAAGUAUGGCGUAGUCAUCUCCAACUUCAAAUCUGACAAACAGGAGGCCCUCUUUUUACAAGUUGGCGACUCGGUACAUAUAUCGGAGAGAAAUGAAGACUGGUACAGAGGAUACAACAUGCGUAACAGGACCAAGAAGGGAAUCUUCCCAAAGACUCAUGUGCAUAUCAAGGAUGGCGUUGUUGUCAACAGAAACUACGAGACGGUGGUGCCAAAGGAAUCACCGGUGGUAUUGGAAAUCACCUCAGUGCUACGUGAAUGGGGCACCAUCUGGAAACAAUUAUUUGUUACGGGCAGUUCUCACUUUGAGAAGAUCCGAAUCAUGAUGAACGAACUGAUCAACUUCCGAAGUCAGAUCAUGUCGGGAACGCUACCUGUGGAUGAGUUGAAGGAGGUGAAGCAGCAGGUGACCGCAGCCAUAGACAGGGGCAACCUGAUGCUGGAACUUGACCUGGUCGUGCGGGAUGAGCAGGGUAAUGUCCUGGAUCCGGACGAGACUAGCACCAUCCAGCUCUUCCGACAGCACGAGGAGGCCGUGCAGCGUCUGCUGCAGGUGCGGAGGAGGGACAGCCGGCUGUCGCAGCCGACGAUCGCGCGAUUCGCAAACAACCUGUUCGUCUCGCCGAAGAACUUUGUCUGCGCGAACGCGAAGAGCGACUGUGAGCUGCUGCUGUCUCUCUACGAUGCCACCGAGUGCAAGUUCUUCACCGAAAGCUACUGGAUAAAGUGGGAAGGAAUUGGACAGGAACGUGAGACACUGAAAGACUACAGGGCCUUAUUCACGGACCUCGGUAACAGGGACCUGAGCCGAGAAAAAGUGAUCCUGGUGUGUCAGGUGAUCCGGAUAGGCAACAUGGACUGGAAGGAAACGGAUAAACACGAGAAAAAGUGUAAAGACAAACAGAACAUACGCCGACCAUUCGGCGUGGCAGUGAUGGACAUCACAGACAUCAUGGCAGGCAAGAUAGAAAGUGACGAAGACAAGCACCACUUCCUGCCCUUUGUCUACUGUGGUGAGCGAGACUUCUUGGAGACCGUCAUUAAGAAGGUCAUUACUGCCAAGGAGGUCAACCACAAGGGUCAGGGGCUGUGGACUGCUCUCAAGCUGCUUCCAGGAGACUUCAAACAGGCAAGAGAAGAGCACCCUCACCUGGUCUCGAUCAGCACUUGUCUCGUCAGGAAGAUGGGCUUUCCAGAGGUCAUCUUGCCUGGUGAUGUGCGCAACGACGUGUACCUAACGUUGCUGCAGGGGGAGUUUGCAAAGGGCAGCAAGACUUCGGACAAGAAUGUUGAAGUUACCGUCAGCGUGCGCAGCCACGACGGCAAAGUUUUGCCGAAUGUGAUCAGUCUGGAGUCGAGUAAUGAGAUGUCCAGUAUGUACCGGUCAGUCGUUUACUACCACGAAGACAAGCCACGAUGGAAUGAGACGUUCCAGGUGGCAGUACCUAUAGAGGAGUUCUACAAUGCACACCUGCGGUUUGACUUCAAGCACCGGUCGUCGAGUGAGGUGAAGGACAAGGUGGAGAAACCCUUUGCUCUCUCCUACGUCAAACUCAUGCAGGCUAACGGAACAACUCUGCUAGACGGCAACCACGAGCUCCUUGUCUACAAGAUCGAGCACAAAAAGUCGAUCGACAUGCUCAACUACCUCGUGGUUCCGGGAACAAGGCAGGAGGCAGAGCUGAGCGGUAAUCAGUAUGGCAGCCAGGUGGCGCUCAGUAAGAACUCGAGCGGCCUCACGUACAGUUCGAAAGACUCGUUCACCAUCAGCACGACCGUGUGCUCGACCAAGCUCACCCACAACAUUGACUUGCUGGGUCUGCUGAAGUGGCGUGCUAAUCCGGACAACCUGAAAAAUAACCUGCAGUCUUUGACCAACGUUGACGGAGAGGAGAUCGUUAAGUUCUUACAGGACACACUGGAUGCUCUCUUCAACAUUCUCAUGCACAAUUCCGACUCUGACAUCUAUGAUAACCUUGUGUUUGAUGCCUUGGUAUUUGUCAUCAGUCUGAUAUCGGAUAGGAAGUACCAGCAUUUUAAACCUGUGCUGAAUACAUACAUAACUGAGAACUUCAGUGCAACAUUAGCAUACAACAAGCUGAUGGUUGUUCUGAAGGACUAUGUCCAAAAUGUUCCGGAGAGACAGAACCUUGACAUGCUUCUCAAAGUCAUGAAGUCACUCGAAUUCAUCUUCAAGUUCGUUGUCCGCUCACGUGUGCUGUUUGCAGCACUCAAUAAUGGCAAGGGGCAAGGGCCAUUUCAGGCCAUGCUGUCGUCACUUUUCUCCACGAUCAGUGCGAUGAUGAUGUACACACAGGACUCAAUGCUGACGGUGCAGGGAGCAGCUAUGAAGUACCUUCCAAGCGUGAUCCCGGACGUGCUGACCGUCUUCUCUGCCGAGGAUCUGAGUCGCCUCCUGGUGGAGCUCAUCAACAAUGUUCCGCAGGAGCGGCUCAAGCGGCAGAAGAUGAUGUGUGUCAACGACAUCGUACACAGCUCCCUCUUCGCGAUUCCGGAGUGCCGGGCAAUCCUGCUGCCGAUGAUCUCCUCUCAGCUGCACCACCUGCUCGAGGUGAAGGAUGAGCUGGAGACGUGCGUGAAGAUACUGGGCGACAUUAUGGAACUUACCUAUGCCAAGGACAUUGGGCCGACACUAGAGGACACCAGCUUUCUGAUGCUGCGUCUGCUGCGAUCUGUGAUACAGACUGUCAUCCGUCUUGACAGGACCAAUCCGCUGACUGCGAGCUUCGUGGCGGUGCUGGUGUCGCUGCUGCGGCAGAUGGACGAGUACCACUACAACCAGUACAUCACGCACUUCCGCACGACGACAGACCUGCUCGACUUCCUCAUGGAGAUCCUGCUCGUUUUCCGCGACCUCGUCAGCAAGAACGUCUACGCGGGCGACUGGAACGAGAUGAUCCUGCUGCAGAACAGUGUGAUACUGAAGGCACUGCGGCAUUUCUCCCACACGAUACGCGACGUGUUCUCAAACCCGUUUGAGGAGCAGCUGUGGAACAACUUCUUCCACUGUGCGAUUUCCUUCCUCACGCAGGACAGCCUCCAGCUGGAAAACUUCUCACAGAACAAGCGGCACAAAAUCAUAUCCAAGUACAAAGAUAUGCGGAGAGAGACAGGGUUUGAAAUCAGGUCGAUGUGGUUUAACCUAGGAGCGAACAAGAUCCGGUUUGUUCCGGACAUGGUCGGCCCUAUCCUGGAGAUGACGUUGAUCCCGGAGAUGGAGCUGCGCAAGGCAACGAUCCCGAUCUUCUUCGACAUGAUGCAGUGCGAGUUCUACAACGAGAUAGAGGGCGCCACGAAGACAUUCAAGUACAACUUCAGCGAGUUUGAACACGAGAUGAUCACACAGCUGGAUGCGCUGAUCGAGGGCGGCCGCGGCGACCACCAGUACCGCGAGCUGUUCGAGGCGACGAUGUACGAGCUCUGUGCGCAGCACUCGGUGAUGCGCGAGCAGGGCACGCGCUUCGUCGGCGUCGUCGCGCGGCUGCUGCAGCGGCUGCUCGAGUAUCGCACGAUGAUCCACGACGAGAAGAAGGAGAACAAGAUGAGCUGCACCGUGCGGCUGCUGGAGUUCUACGAUGAGAUCGAGAGGGAGGAGUUGUACAUCCGCUACCUGCACAAGCUGUCCGACCUGCACCUCGACUGUGAGAACUACACUGAGGCCGCCUUCACCCUGCAACAACAUGCCAAUCGUCUCAAGUGGACUGACGACAAACUCGAAAAGGCACUACAGCAUGACCACUACAAGCAUGCGACGACGCACUGGAAUUUGAAGGACAGGCUUUACUAUGACAUCAUAGAGUACUACACUAAGGGCAAGAUGUGGGAGAAUGCCAUCACUUGCUGCAAGUCACUUGUUGCUCAUCAUGAGAAUGUUACCUUCAACUACCAAGAGAUUGCCAAGUACAUGAGAACCAUGGCAGAACUCUAUGAGAACAUCUUGACGAAGAUCCGACCAGAGCCUGAGUACUUCCGUGUAGGCUACUAUGGCUCAGGAUUUCCCUCAUUUCUCAAGAACCGCAUCUUUAUCUACCGCGGGAAGGAGUAUGAGCGGCUGAGCGACUUCAUCAGUCGGAUCCAGAACCAAUUUCCGAGCGCACAACUGAUGAACAGACUGGCACCACCUGAAGAGGAGAUACUGAACUCCCCAGCUCAGUAUUUACAGAUAAACCACGUCGAUCCGAUAUACGUGGAAAAGGCAACGUUUGCUGGCAAACGUAUUGACGAUCAAAUACUUAGGUACUACAAGGUGAAUGAGGUUCAGAAGUUUACUUACUCCCGACCAUUCAAGAAGGGUGACAGUGAUGAAAAGAACGAGUUUGCUAACCUGUGGACGGAGAAAACAGUGUUAGUCACCGCCUAUCCAUACCCCGGUAUCCUACAGUGGUUCCCAGUCGUCGAAACCGAGCGUCACGAGGUGACGCCGCUCGAGAAUGCGAUCGAGACGAUGGAGAACACGAACACGAAGCUGAGGCAGAUGGUGAAGCAGCACCAGCAGGACAUGACGCUGCCCGUCAACCCAAUCAGUAUGAUGCUGAACGGCAUCGUCGACGCUGCCGUCAUGGGCGGCAUCCGCAACUACGAGGACGCGUUCUUCACAGCAGAGUACCUGGAGAAGCAUCCGGAUGAUGGAGACAAAGUGCAUAAACUCAAGGACCUCAUUGCUGCGCAGAUUCCUUACCUGGAAGCUGGGAUUGAGGUACAUGAGUCGAAGAUCACAGAAAACAUGAUGCCACUUCAUCUGAAGAUGGAGACCUGCUUCGAUGAGCUGAGAAAUCACAUUGAGCCGAAAUAUGGCAAGAAGCCGCGACUGGGUAAGUUCAGGCACUACAAGACACUGCCGACGCGCAUGAAAAAGGUCGCCGCCGGCUCACAGAUGAGCCUGGAGAAUCUGACCGAGGCCUUUGCCAAUGCCUCCAACCCUGACAUAGCAGAGGUGUCGUUAACGGCAGGCAAGUCUCCCGGAACGAUCCUGGGGAAUACGUUUGUGAAGGGGGCUCCGACGAAGACUCCCGGAAAGUCGCCGAACAAGAAGGCGGGAACGGUGUCGACUCCGAGCAAGAAGACGCGCGAGUCUCUGGCCUCCAUCGUCACACAGCGCAGGAGCUCACAGGCAGUGUCACUGGCAAUCUCACAGGCAGUGUCACUUGCAAUGUCACAGGCAGUGUCACUAGCAAUGUCACCAGCAAUGUCACCACCGGCAGGUGCGCCGACGCUGCACAUUCUCUGCGUCGAGCGGAAUUUUUUCGUCUUUUGCUCGUCUCAGGAUCCCGGCGAGAGAUCACCGAGCAGGGUCGGCCGAUCGCACCGCGGCACCACCUCGUAA